UGCAAUUGCAAAGCUUGAAAUCCCUAUAAUUUUGGGUUUAAUCCGCAAGCAUCAGACCUCAAAUUCGCGAAGAUUCAGAUUUUCUCUUUCUCGACCUGAUGGAAGCCGAUGUCUCAAUUUUCUUCAAAAUCCCAACAUGAAUUUCUGAAUCUCUAUCAUAAGUGAAUAAAAUUCGGGUUUCGAAUUGGUUUUCUGAUACUUGAUUUGAUCGAAGAAGAUGGCGACCAUGAAUCAGGCUGUGCUGUUACGAUUUCUCUCUGUGUUGAGUUUUUGUUUCGUAGCUUCGGCGAACGUGGUGUUGAUUGGGAAUAACGUGACUCUUUCUUUCGAUGACAUCGAAGCUACUUUUGCUCCAUCAAUCAAAGGGUCUGGUGAGUGUGGGGUAUUAUAUUUAGCACAGCCUCUUGAUGCGUGCUCUGAUUUAACUAACAAUGUUGAAAAAGUGAAAAAUUCUAGUUCUCCAUUUGCAUUGGUCAUUAGAGGAGGGUGCAGUUUUGAGGAAAAGGUUAGAAAAGUACAAAAGGCAGGAUUCAAAGCUGCUAUUGUCUAUAAUAAUGAAGACGAUGGUGGCUUGGUUGCAAUGGCUGGAAACGCGGCUGGCAUCAAAAUACAUGCUGUAUUUGUUACCAAAGCUUCAGGGAAAAUACUCAAAAACUAUGCUGGGCGAACUGAUAUGGAGCUGUGGUUAAUCCCUACCUUUGAAAAUUCAGCAUGGUCAAUCAUGGCAAUCUCAUUCAUUUCCCUACUUGCCAUGUCUGCGGUGCUCGCUACAUGCUUUUUUGUACGCAGGCAUCGCAUAAGACAAGAACGUCCCAGAUCUUCUAAUGUCCGUGAAUUCCAUGGAAUGAGUAAACGCUUAGUGAAAGCGAUGCCUAGCCUGAUAUUUACUACUGUCUUAGAGGAUAACUGCACUUCAAGAACAUGUGCUAUAUGUCUUGAAGACUACACUGUGGGAGAGAAGCUCAGGAUUCUUCCAUGUUGUCACAAGUUUCAUGCGUUCUGUGUGGAUUCUUGGCUUACAACAUGGAGAACCUUUUGCCCAGUUUGUAAGCGUGAUGCAAGAACUAAUACAGGUGAUCCACCAGCUUCAGAAAGCACACCAUUGCUUUCAUCCAGUCCUGCCUCAGUGGAUUCAUCUGCACUGUCAUCUGUUAGAUCUUCAUUAGCUUCAUCAGCAGCCAUACACAUAGCCCCAGCAUCAUCACAGUCCCCUUCAGUGUCUCAUAUCCAUUCGUUUGCCAGCACUCCUUACAUCCAGCAAUCUCUUAGGUCCUACCGUCAUUCUCCUCCCAUCAGUGUUAGCAGAAGCUCGGUAGAUCUUAGGAAUGCAUCAUCACAAAGAUCUCUUGUUUCACAUAUGGUUUCAUCUGCCUCCUUGGGUUACCCAUCCAUCUCACCCCUUAAUGCAAGAUACAUGUCUCCAUAUCUUCCAAGCCCAAGCAAUGCCUCACCAAGUUUAGCUAGCACUUCUGGUCCUCGACAGCGUCCACUUCAUUGCAGCGAGUCUGCUUCAAGUUUUUCUCCUUUUGCCUCUGCUCAUUCUCUUCCAGAGUGUUAAACUAACAAGUGAUAAGAUUUGCCAUGUCAAACUACAUAUGCUAAAUCAUGAUUGACUUGCAGUUCAAAUAUCUCAGAUCAUUGCGUCUUUGCUUGGGCAGUUGGAUUCUCAUUCAUAUGAUUGGUUGCCUUUUUAUAAUCAUGCUGGUGACUCGGUGCCUCCUGAUCUGUACGUUUUCACAUUCGAUGUGCCGUUUCCAAAGCGUGAGUUGGUUCCACCUGAUUUGUACAUUUUAGUGUAAGAUUCUUAUCGUGUCUUUAAUUCCCGAGUGACAUUGCUGUUGGAUGAGUUGAGGUUUCUUUCUUUCUUUCUUUUUCAUUCAGUUUCAGUGUAACAGCAGCUGGGUUUUGCUAUUUGAUUUGUGCAGAAGUCCCAUUGGUGGAAUAUGGUUGACCUCUAACCCUUGAGUUGUGUAGAAUCUGUAGCUGAAAAUCAUUUUGUCUGAAUAUGGUCUUUUAGCAUUUCUCCUUUGUUCUCAUUCUUCAUUUUUUAGAAAUUCUUUUCCAUUUCUACCAUCUUCUUAGAAAUUAACUUGUUAAUGAACGAAAAAUGUAUGG